AUGUGCAGAGCAUGUGCUGGGCAGACUGUAUAUCCGCGCAACGUCCGGUGUCCGCUUCGUAACGCCCACUCCGACUUGCCCAUCAUCGCCGCUACCACAAACCAUCAAUUACAUCACACCUUCCCGGCUUCUACCCACGCUCGGAUCACCUUCCCUCGAUUGGCCGCUGCUUUAAGCCUCUCACCACAGACUACUGCCUUAUACAUAACAAACAUCAUGCCUUCCUCAUCGCAUCUCCGCAUACAAACCUCCUUCGAGCCCUUCACCGCCGAGACCACCCGCUCCCACUUUGUCUCUUCACCACCGCAAAAGAAGCAGAAGAUGUCUCUCACCCAAACCUACUACAUUGCUGCCUCCGCCCGCUCCAAGCUCGGCAAAGAGGCAUGCAGGGCCGACCACGACCUCCGCCUUCUCGUUGGACACGCAAACCUCCUCGACAGCCUCAUGGUCGAGCUCCAAGACGCCGAACGCCAGCAAGAACAAUGGUUCAACCAGACCAUGGCCAAGGCCUCCAAGUCCGAAGAGCCCCGCCACAUUCAAUGGGCCGACAGCAUUGCUGAGGAGGAAGACGACGACGACGAGUCCGACUCGGACUCUGAGAACGAAGACGACUUUGACAUGAUCCCCCUGCCUCGCCGCAUCGCUCAGUCACCAGUUCAGAUCAGCACAAUGGAGGUCGAUGACGACGAGGAUGAGGACGAAUUCUACGACGACAUGGAGGACGACUCGGAGCUCGCUCUUACUCGAGUGCCAUCGCAACUACAAUCACCACCCGAGCUCACCUACGAAGAAGAGUCCGAUGACGAGUCACCACCUACAUCUCCCCCACAAGCGUCUUUCAACUUCUCCGACAAGGAGGCCAUGCUUACAACAACCUUCUACGACGCAAAGCCAGCCUCGCAAGACAUCGAGGAUCAUCCGCUGUUCAUGGAUACCACCGCCCCGCUCAUCUCAAGUUAUUAG